UCCCGCAGAAAAUCUUGCGCGAAGUUUAAAAGGGGAAAGUCCACUGAGUCGCAGUUAUACGGGUUUCGUUUUGCGGUCGGGUGACGCGACUGUUGCUGCGGGAACACCUUAAGGGUGAUAUCAGGGCUUUCUGCAAGGAUCAAGGUGACGAAAGCAGAAAGUAUAGGCCCCUAUGGCCUCCAGCCAAAGCGUACCGCGGAAAAGAAAACUCCCAGCUUGGAUGAAACUCAAAACUGAAACUAAAUCUGCACAGACAGGAUUGUCAAAUGGAGUCACCAAGAGCUCCGUUCUUGAGGACUCUUUGCCAGAGCUGAGGUUUACAGGAGGAAUAAUUUACUCACACAGGAAAGACGACUGCUCUUUGCUCUGCCAGGAUAUAAUCUGUAGCCUGGAAACGCAACAGCACAAUGCUGCAGUGGGGUUUGACAUUGAGUGGCCAGUGACAUACCAGAGAGGUAGAGAGGACAGGACUGCCCUGGUUCAGAUAUGUACUCCAGAGAAAUGCUGCUACUUGUUCCAUGUGUCCUGUAUGGGAGAGUUACCUAAAGGUUUGAAAGAGCUGUUGUCUCAUUCCAAGAUAAAGAAGGUUGGUGUAGGGAUUGACAGUGACCUGUGGAAGUUGGAGCGCGAUUUUGAUAUCAGAGUGAAAGAAAUCAUAGAUGGCAGCACUAUAGAUCUGAGUGUGAUGGCCAAUCGUGUAGUGAACAGCAGCCAAACUUGGAGCUUAGAUGGUCUUACUAGAUAUCUGUUAAGACAGAAGCUUUGCAAGGACCCCUCAGUGAGGAAAAGUGACUGGAGACAGUUUCCACUGUCAUCAAGACAGCAGAUGUAUGCAGCUACUGAUGCUUAUGUAGGCAAGCUUGAUACUAUAUGAAAAACUUCUAGAACAGGAAAAUUUUGCACAGAACAGUUCAGAGAAGAUAUGAAAAGGUUCUAGAGACACUUUGUCUGUCUGUUAGUUUUACACCAACAUCACUCAAAAAUGUAUGGAUGGAUUUUAAUUUAAUUUUCAGGGUAGGUCAAAAAUGGGCUAACUUUAAAGUAAUUAGAUUUUGGUGGUGACCCGUUUUUCUCCAAUGGCUGUGACCUGUUGUGUAGUGAAUGUGCUCUCAACUACCACAAUAUUUAGUGUACAGACCCUGUUGGAGGUCUGUGUUCUCUGGGUGUAUUUGUAGUUUUGUAAUGUUUAAGAUGUGUUUCGAUGAUCAGUUUAUUCAAACAAUUGUAAAUGUUUAGUUUUCUCACAAGAAUAAAUAAAAAUCAACA